CCGGUCAAAUCUCCAUGGCGACAUGAACAUAAAAGUGUAAAAAAUAAAUGGAAAAAUAGUCAAAAUAUGAGCGAAGGGAAAUUCGUCGUCGCCCGUCUCCCUCCUUUGCAGGGAGCAAGGAACCUCUCUCCCAGAAACACAGGGAAGUUUGAAGGUUUUAAUGGACCAUCAUACAAAGUUGGAGGAAAUGUCCAUGUUCUUCCACCACCAAAGGCUUUGAGGCCGUAUGUAGACACAAAAGCUGGAGAGCUGGAUUCCUGGCCGGCCCAUGCCAGCGGUCACUCGGUUCCAACAACAUCCCUUAUGAUGACCAAGGAUAAGAGCUUGGUUCUGGUCAGCGACGAGCAGAUGGGCAAACCAAAUAUGAUACCCAAACCACGGUUCCUUGAACAGCUGGAAAACUACCUCAAGAAAGAGUUACGUGCCCUUGGUGUGACAGAGGUGGAACCAAAUGAGCUCAGACUGCAGGCUCAUCGUGAAGUGUUUGAAUACCUGAUUGAAGAUUUCAAGACCUACAAACCUUUGUUGUCAGCCAUAAAGAAUGAGUAUGAAAUGAUGUUUGCCUACCAAAGACAGCAGAUCAGGGAGCUGGAACCACUCAAGCAAAUGUUGGUGACUGUAUCCGAGCAGUGUGAUCAGAAGAUAAUGAGCAUCAGGGAUGAAGAGAAGCAAGAAAUGGCUGAUCUCAAGAAAGAAAAUAAGAAUUUAUACAAGAGAAUAGAGGACCUGAAAAAUGAACAGAAAGAUCUUCAGACACAAGUAUCAAAACUGCACGAUGAGUUAGCAAACCAGUACAAGAUGUAUCGAGAUGAGAAGGACGCCCGUAAACUGCUGCAAUCAGACAUCAACGACCUGCGUUACCAACAGGAAGAUUACCAGAUGUCGCAGAAACAGGACACUGAGGUGGAGGAGGAUCCCGUCAUGUUGAAAAUAGCUCUAAAGAAAGCCCGUGAUGAUGAGAGAGCCGCAUCUCAACGUCUUAAUGAGAUGGUUGCCAACUAUGGAGAUGUCAUUCCCCGCAGAGACUUUGAGGGCCUGGAGAAAAAACACAAUGAACUGUUGGAGCAAGUCGAAGUACGAGAGCAGGACUUUGAAAAAUUGAAAUCGGAGCAUGAUGCAUUGUUGGACGUACAUAAACAGGUGUUAAAACAGAGGGACGAGUUCUACACAGAAUGUGAAACACUUAGACGAAGCUCAACGCCAAGGCCAGACUGGGACAGGUGCGCUGACUCAGUGCGCGGCGGCAUGUUGCGAUGGAAGGAACUGUCGGAGGGUAAAACCAGUAACGAUCUUGUAGACGUUCUCCUGCAAGAGAUGGCCUCAGGCGAGACUGUCGAUACAGGCGGCGCAGAAUACUUUGAUGGACAGGGUACCGGUCCAGCGGUCCCCAAGUACCUGCAGCAUGAUGGCCCCGUGCGUAAUAGACGACUGGGCAAGCGUGAUGCCUCACUGCUUAUCAAGGAUAUUUGGAGAGAGAAGGGCGCACAUGACGCUGCUAAAUCUGACGGUGUUCGGGACAAGAUGGCUGACUUCCUGUACACAUAUCUGGAGCGACGGUUUGGCCUGGAGCAGAUGAUUAUCGAGUGGGGCUACAACCUGCACGACGCUUGUCAGAGAUACGCCCAUGAUGAACACAUAGGCCUAUUUUCUGGUGUACUCACAGAGGAGAUAGAUGAAGAGAUCUACCACCAUCAGUUACAGCUGAUUCAGAAACUCAUGAACCACCUCACAACCAUCGACAUGGACAAGGGCAACCAGGGGAAACUAUCCAAGGCAGACUUCAGGGAGGGCCUUGCGAGUUACCUGACCGGUGUUGAUGCUGACAUGCUAAAUGCCAUGAUGAGGGCAGCCGAAUCUGAGAUGGACAACAAAGAGGCCGACGAGAUUGAAUACAAGAACCUUUUCAUGGAGGAUGACGAGGGUAGGACAGGGCCAUUCCUUGACGAGGUUCGAAAGUGGGACAACAACGAGAGACAGUCUUAUGUUGAUGAAAUUAAGGCUAAAAUUGGGGAUGCAAGCCCUGUACAAGUUGACAUUCUGAAACGAGCGAUUCUACAAGCUGACAUUGAGAUAGAUAAUGUGAAGAUGGACAAAUAUGUUACAUGGGUGUAUCGCUCCGACAAGCCGUACGAGACUGAGCCACUGGAACAGUCGGCCAUUAUUGAGAGACUUCUGAAAUGCAAUGUGUCACGGAGUGGGAGAAAGCUAUAAGGCUGUGACUUCUAUUAAAAUUGAGAUAUUUUUUAAAAAGCAAUGUGAACAAGUUUUAUUAUAUACCAAUAUUAUUGCAUUUUAAUAGAAAUACAGUGAGAUAUAUAUACUUUUAUUUCUAAUAAAUACUGUUUAUAAUAUAAAUACAACACUACAAGUACAUUUUCUGUUGUAUAAGCGAAAACAUUGCUCCAAAACAGUUAAACAUAUAGCAGCCCCAUUCUAUUUAAGCUAUUAAUGAUUGUCUUUAAACGAUAACUUAAUUAGACAAUUAUUGAAAUAUAAUUUUUUAUGGUCUAAAAGUGCUUCCUGGUCUUAUUUCUGGAUAAAGAAGAUGAAAUAAAGGCACGCAUGUAAAGUAUAUUAUAAUAUUGACUGUAGAUGCUGUUUAACAUUAAGUAGACAGUGAUAAUUAAUGCUAUAAUCUUAAUUAAUACAGUCAUAUACAUUUAUAUACAUGACAAAUUCUUGGUUUUGUGUAUAAAAACUUUUAUAAGGUAUUAGCAUUUUGUGUCUGUGAUAACUUGUUAAUGUGACUGUUUUAUUACUUUAAUGCAUUUUACAAAAAUUAUUACAAGAAUCCGUCCAUUUGAGAACUAAAAAGUUGUUAGAAGUAUUUAUUUUUGACAUUUACAUGAUUGUAUGUACAUUGUUUUGUCUUUGAAAAUAAAUGUAAGAAUUAAUUUUCUGCUCAGCUUCUGCCUUUUUUUGUCACCUGUGUAUCAUAGCACAGGGCUUCCAUUAAAGGAAGUUUGGAAGUAUAUUACUCCCUGGCCUAGAGAUAGGUUAAAACUUCCGAAAUUGAUUCCUUGGAAUGGUAGUACAAAAACAUAAUUUUGAAGAAAACUUCCAAAGUUGAAAGCUUGGAAGUUCAAAAUAUCAAAACCUUUUAGUAUGAUCAAUAUCCUUUUAAUAGGUAUUGGGAGCACACACAAAAAAGGCUCAAAUCCUGGACCUGGUACUUAACAAACA